CGAGGCCGCCGGCAGAGGGCGCCCGCGGCUCCCAGGCCGCUGGACGGGCCACGGGGCGGAGCGACGGGAUCUCGCGAGAUUGUCGAGCAGCAGGCGCCGGUGGGCAGCAUGGCUGACUCGCUGCUACUGUCUAAGAGGGCUCCUUCUCGCUCCACGUGGCUGCGGGCCCGCAAGGCCCGGCCGCACCUCAUCCUCAGCUACCGGCCCCGCCGCCGGCUCGGGAGGCUGCGCUGGCGCGGCCGAAGGCGCUUUCGGCGGCGACUGCUGCAGGCCCAGGCGGCCGGCGCGGACUGGCGGGAGGGCGGCUGCCUGGUGUCGCGCGCGGCGGCGCCCCGGAGGCCCAAGACCGCGGCCCCCAGCCCCCGCCCGGCCGAGGAUCCGGCCCCGAGUUGUUCCACCAUCCUCCCCAUCCCGCCAGUGCGGUCAGCCGGCUCGGGCCGCGCCGUGUUGCUGCUGCCGCUGGGGCAGGGCUUUACUUUUAGCGGGAUCUGUCGUGUGACCUGCCUCUAUGGCCAGGUGCAGGUGUUUGGUUUUACCAUCAGCCAAGGCCAACCUGCCCAAAAUGUCUUCUCUGCCUAUACCCACUCUCGCCUGACUAUCAAUGCAGUUCAUUACCCAGUGCAUGAGAAAAGCAAGAAAGAGAUGAAAAGGGAAGCCCGAAGUUUGCUCAGAUCUUAUCUGAACCAAGAUGACAGAUAUUGUUUGAUGAAGAAUUUUUCUCCUCUGUGUUCCAUUCUGUUGCUGGAACGUCUGAAAACCUCCACUGUGAACUUCAUAAUCAGCCAUCCAGGUUUAUCUUACGUUUUCGUACAAGAGAUUCCGACUUUCCAGAUUAACUCUGAGUAUUUCGCCUUGAAAUCUGUCGGUAUUAGAAGAGAGAGGAAAAAAAACGGCCUUCGUUUAACCGAGAGUGCCUUUUCAGUCAUGGAAGAGUUAGUCAGCAUUUCUUGUGAAGAAGCAGACGGCUGCCCGGUCAUUCUGGUUUGUGGCUCUCAGGACAUUGGAAAGUCAACAUUUAUUAGAUACCUGAUUAACCAGUUGUUAAAUAGUAUAUCCUGCAUUGACUAUUUGGAAUGUGAUCUGGGACAGACAGAAUUUACUCCGCCGGGUUGCAUUUCUCUACUUAAUGUUACAGAACCAGUUCUAGGACCACCUUUCACCCACCAGAGGACACCCCAGAAAAUGGUCUAUUAUGGGAAGCCUUCUUGUAAAAACAACUUUGAAAAUUAUAUUGAGAUAAUAAAGUAUGUGUUCAGCUCGUACAAGAGAGAGUCCCCUCUUAUCGUCAACACGAUGGGCUGGGUGGCAGACCAGGGUCUCCUGCUUCUUAUUGACCUGAUCCGACUGCUGUCGCCCAGCCACGUCGUUCAGUUCAGCUCCGACCGGGGUAGGUACAUGCCAGACCUCAGCCCAAGCUACGUGGACGACAUGGACGGCUUGUACACAAAGAGCACGUCCAGAGUCAGAAACAGAGGAUUCCACCUGGCAGAAUUUGCAGACAAUUUGGAAUUUGCUGACGAAGAAAAGGAGAAUCCAGUUCUGUUUACUGGAUACAAACUGAUGUCCGUUAAGUCGGAGUUUGUGUCUGGAAAAACUCCAAGAAAUAGAGAAUCACAUAACAAAGUCCUUCGCGAGUUGGCAGUGCUGAGUUACCUUGGCCAGCUGCAGCCCCCAGUGCCAAAGCCACUGUGUCCCUUACAUGGUCUGACGCCCUAUCAGGUCCCUUUCAAUGCCGUCGCACUCCGGAUUAUCCACGCUGAUGUCGCUCCUACCCAUAUAUUAUACGCUGUGAAUGCCAGCUGGGUUGGGCUUUGCAAGAUCCUGGAUGAUGUCAGAGGAUAUGCAAGCGGGCCCAUCCUGCUUGCCCAGACGCCCAUCUGUGAUUGUUUGGGGUUUGGAAUCUGUAGAGGGAUCGACAUGGAGAAGAGGCUUUACCACAUCCUUACUCCUGUGCCCCCGGAAGAGCUACGAAACGUGAACUGUCUGCUGGUUGGAACCAUUUCCAUUCCACAGUGUGUUCUCAAGAGCCAGCGUGGGCUCGAAGGGACGAUACCUUACAUCACAACAGAUUAUAAUUUUAAACUUCCUGGAGCAUCAGAGAAAAUUGGAGCAAGAGAAAUUGAGGAAACACGUAAAGAGAAAGUACACCCCAAACCUAAAUUCUAUCGAAAAACAAACUGAUCCUGAUGUUCUUAAUAAGGGAAGGACCUUUUCUACCGAGAGCUUGACUCUGUCUCCAGGCUAGCACCAGCGGACUGAUGGGGUUCUGUGGCCACGAACGGAACGGCGCGCUUACGUAGCAAAAGGUGCAGUGUUUGCUGCAUAACUCGUGGAUAUGUUUAGAGUGCAUUUAAGUCUGUUCUUAAGUCGACAUGACCUAGAGGUUUGCCCUAGUCUUCUGUUUUAUUUUCUAAGGGAGUAAAGCAGCAGGGAAAAGUUUGUGCGCCAUCGAAACAGAAAGAACGUGGUAGAUUCCUCAUAAAGUUUUUCCAGGACCUGGUUGUUGGCAUCUGGAUAAAAAUAGAGUAACGGGAGCCACAGAAACGUCCCAAGGGGGAAGGCAGGCUGGCCAGCAGGAUGGAGAGCAUAAGGGAAUAUGGUGGCGCCCUGUGGUCCCUGCCCCGGGCCGGGGCGGGGGCAUUCCCAUCCCUGCUCGUUGGAUGGUCUCCAGCCCCUUCCAUGCAUGUGGGCCAAGGCUUAAGCCUCUGUUUGGUCUGUUAAAGUUAAUCAAGGUUUCAGAGAUAAAAGUUUGACUCCAGAGCCCUUCUUCUUCCUUUUUAAAAUCUGAUGCUGAAAAAAUGCUCUCAAAUCUAGGAAGCCUAUUUUGGGGCCUCUUUAAAACCAGAUUUGUCCUAAUUGACUUCGCAUCUGAAAUUAAAAACACACAAUGGGGCUUCCCUGCUGGCGCAGUGGUUGAGAGUCUGCCUGCCGACGCUGGGGACGCGGGUUCGUGCCCCGGUCCGGGAGGGUCCCACGUGCCGCGGAGCGGCUGGGCCCGUGAGCCGUGGCCGCUGAGCCUGCGCGUCCGGAGCCUGUGCUCCGCAACGGGAGGGGCCACAACAGUGAGAGGCCCGCGUGCCGCAAAAAAAACCCCAGAAAACAAAAAAACCACACACGAUGGUCAGAGCCGGACACUAGGCUGUUUGGAAGAAGGACCGGGGGAGCAGCUCAUGCUCUUGGGCUUGGUGGCUGGGCCUGAACUCUGUGUCGGUGAUGGUGCUGUUCUCCCAGGGGUUGGGGGCCAGCGAUGGAACUCCAUCUUCUCCCUGGUGGUCAGGAUUCUUUAACCUCCCAGGUUGGAAGUGGUUUUGGUAAACAAUCAGGACAGCCAGGUCAGGUCACCAUUUCUGCGUUUAGGACGCUGAGGCAGCCUUUCAAACUGGUGUUGUGAAUUCCAGCUUCCUAGCAGAAUGUGUUGAAGGACAACUAUUAGGAUGUGUGGGUUUUAACGUUUACGAUCCUUUAAAGCGUUGACUGUCAUUCAUUGUCUUAAGUACUCAUGUGGCUUCUCAUCUCGUAGAGCCCUUGUCACCAUCCAGGAUCAGGUGUGAUACCCUAGAGACCGUUUAAUGUCUAGCUUUUUUUUUUUUUUGCUGUGGGAACCAUUUAAUCUGCAUACGGAGACUCGUAUUUACCGUGAUUCUUUCUACCAGAGGAACAAAGGGGGCCCUGCAGGAAGGGCUUCUUUUUUUUUUGAAUUUUAUUUAUUUUUUUAUACAGCAGGUUCUCAUUAGUUAUCCAUUUUAUACAUAUUAGUGUCUACGUGUCCAUCCCAAUCGCCCAGUUCAUCCCACGGCCCCCACCCCAAUGUCUAGCUUCUUAGUUGCUUCUUAUUUAUAUCUAAAUUUAACUCGUACGUGGUUUUCUUUCUUGGCCUGGCAAAGACUAUUAACAGACAAUCCACCAUCAACUUUUUGCCUCCUUCCCAAGUUCCUGUACCUUUACAAUAAUACUGUAGGUCUUUAGCAGCAAGUGGUGGCCUGUCAUUUGGGUUUUCAUUAAAUCCAGGCUCGCCUUUAGCCUGUUUCCUGCUGGCCUUUGAGGCUGCAGGCUUCAGUCCCCAUCGGUAAAGAAAACAAACGUUGCCGCUAGAGGGAGCUGUCAGCCAUUGGUCAGCUGGCCAUACGGAGGCUGGAGAUGGCCGAGGAGCCCGCCUAGGCCUUUGUCAGCAUCCACGGAUGCUGGAGACAGGGCGCUGUGGUCAGCUCCAGGUGUGCCAGUCAGACUGGCAACGGUGCAUCCCCCUGGUGUGUUUGCUUAUCAAUGGCGAUGGUUUGGGCUUUCUGUCAUUUCCACUGUCUGAUGGCUCAGGAUGGGUAGUGAGAGUUCUGCGUUGGAGAUGCUCGUAACAAAAACUCAGUCAUUUCUGUGUGUGAUUUUUAAAGCAGUACAUGCUUAUUUUAAGAAAAUUAAAGGAACGUAUGACUUAGAACAAGAACCCUUAGUCACUGAUUUUGUGGUUCUUGAAAAUCAGCUCUUUAGAUCUGUUUCCAGGACAGGUAGACAUGAAAAUGAAACGAUUCUCCAAUUCUAGGGUUGAUUUUAUUUUGUGAAGAAAGGUAGUUCUGUUUCCAUCUGUCCCCCGAUAGGCCUUGGGGGCAGACACCACUGUGUCCUCUGAGACCCCAGAUUAGAACUGAGGACUUAGGAAAGGGGAGGCGGGUCGGUGAACUGCCUAGUGAGGUGCCUUGGUGUUUGAAAAAUCGAAUCCUGGAAGUAGCUGGCCAGAGAGGACAUGGGGGUGGUGGGGCCCCGGCUGAAGCGAGGGAGCUGCUUGCCGCUCCUGGGGUCCCUGUGACAGGCGGGUCCUCACCCUCCCGGGCGCUCAGGUUUCUGCCCGACAGACGGCGAGAGGACCAAGGGACGUGGGGUGGUGAUUCUUAAAGCAUCUGGUAGUUGUUUCCCGUAGAUUUGGUCGAGGCCAUGUAGUGGUUAAGGCAGCAGGCUUUGAUGUUGGAGCUCUGAGUUCACCUUCUGGCUGGGCCACUGGCCAGCAGUGUAGCUUUGAGGCUGUAUUUAACCUGAGCCGGUGUCCUCUAAGAUGGGCGGAUAGCGCUUCCCUCGGGGCCCCUGCGUGAGGAGGGUGAGAGGCGCGUCUACAGCAGGCAAAGCAGUAACUCGUAGUAUGUGGCCUGUCUCUAAGGGUUGUGAAUCCAGAAGGCAGGACCACGAUUGUAUCCCUCACGGUCACACUGGGGCGAAGCAGAAACUGUCGGCAUUGGAAACCACCUUACCCGGCGGUCCCCGGGCAGGUUUACCUUAACACCGUUCUUCCCGCUGCGGGGCCUGCCCAGGGCUUCCACCGAUCACCCGCUCCUGGGGGUUUCUCAUAAACCCCACUAACUGCCUUUAAAAUUGUGUGACCAGUUCACCCAUGUAGGAGAUGAUCCUGACGUCCACCGCCACGGAAUCACUGUUGACGCUGUGAUGCCGUCUCGUCCAGUAUUUUUCUAAAAUGCACGUGUGUGUUUGUUUUAUAAAACUGGUGUCCAACUGUACGUAUGGUUUCUAUCCAGCUCUUUUCACUUAAUAUGUGAACUUCUGUAUCAUUAAAUAUUUUUGAGAAUGUGAAUUUAAUUGUGUAAUUUUGUUACGUAUAUAGAUAGACCGUUUUAUUCUCGGAAAUUAUUUAAAUGUUUAGGAGAAAUUACGGGGAAAACAUCGAAAGGGGGUAGUGAAAUCUGGGUGUCAGAGUGGGGAAGACAGGAAACCCCAGCAAGUGCCCGGCACCUUUUCUCUGUCUCGGCAUUGAGCGGGAUAAACUCCAGUGGGAGUUCAUCUUCGUUUUUCCUUUUGGGCCCAUGUAUGUAA